AUGAAUGCCGUCACUUGGUGGACAGCCUCGUAUCAAGUUCUUUGGUCCGGCCUGCAUCGUGUAUUGAACGAAACAUUCCAGGAUUCGGUGAUCACCACUAGCCGCUUUAACGAAGGAACUGAAGCGGGCGAAUUGCAUCUCGCGAAUCUUGAGAGGAAAAGCGGACUUGAUCUCGGGGUCAUUUGCGACUUUUCAUGGGGAAAAGCGGCAUCAUCGGGAGGUGUGCUCGUCCGGGACAAGCCGCAGCAUUUCAAUGUCGCCGGUUGCGGCUACGUUGUACUCCCUCGAUGGACAAUCGGGGACAGCCGUGGUGGCUCGAUGAUGAUCGGCUGA